GCUGAGUGAGAAAGCCCUGGCUGGCUCUGCGUGCGACAAAUCAAGCAAACAAACAGUGACUCUGACUGGGCCUCCUAGCAAUCCCCAAUAAAGAAACAAACAAGCCAAAGAAAGUCAACACGGAGAGGCCGAAGCCUUCAACUUCUUGGGUUGCUUUUGUUUUUCACGCCCAUUCUUGCAAAACCGACGACAGCAAAACCGAAGAAACUCGCAAAAGACGAAGCAAACCCACCACGCAUCCCCCAAUUACUUCGUAUUUCCUGCAUCCGACGGCUUUACUUGUGACGUAGACGAAGUUGUUGUAGUCUCCGCUACUCGGAUCAAUCGGCGGUUUCUCUGGUUGUUUUUCUAUGGGAAAUUAGGGAGCGCGGUGGAUCGGAUUACUUGGUUGCUGGGAAAGGUUUUGAAAUUCAAGGGCUUUGAAGAAGAGGUAGAUGGUGUGUUCUAGUGGAAGAGGGUGACCCGCGGCUGAAUUUUAUGGAUAGGUUAUGCUGCUUCAGUUCUCAGCUUGCAGGAGGCCGAUCAUCAUGUGGCUCUGGCAAAGGAAGAAGCCAUCAGGGGCCUGUCAAAUAUGGGUUCAGUCUGGUAAAAGGGAAAGCAAAUCAUCCAAUGGAGGAUUUUCAUGUUGCGAAGUUUGUUCUCUACCAAGGACGUGAGCUUGGACUUUUUGCUAUUUUUGAUGGGCAUCUAGGAGAUAGCGUACCUGCAUAUUUGCAGAAGAAUUUGUUUGCAAACAUCCUAAAGGAGGAGGAGUUCUGGACUAAUCCUAGUACGUCCAUUUCUAAAGCCUAUGAAAGAACAGAUACAGCCAUCCUAUCACACAGUCCCGACCUGGGUAGAGGUGGAUCUACUGCUGUCACUGCAAUUCUUAUAAAUGGACGAAAGCUUUGGGUAGCCAAUGUUGGGGAUUCAAGAGCAGUUCUUUCACAUAGAGGGCAAGCAAUUCAGCUGACUAUUGAUCAUGAGCCAAACACAGAGCGGGACAGCAUCGAGGAUAGAGGGGGAUUUGUCUCAAACAUGCCAGGAGAUGUUGCAAGAGUAAACGGCCAACUGGCUGUUUCCCGUGCUUUCGGAGACAAGAACCUGAAAACACACCUCCGGUCUGAUCCUGAUGUAACAAAUGCUGAUAUUGAUGCAGGGAACGAACUUCUCAUCCUUGCAAGUGAUGGUUUAUGGAAGGUCAUGAGUAAUCAAGAGGCAGUUGACAUUGCAAAGAAGAUCAAAGACCCACAGAAGGCAGCCAAACAACUAGUAGCCGAAGCACUGAAUAAAGAAAGUAAAGAUGAUAUUUCAUGUAUCAUCGUUCGUUUCCAGGGGUAAAACAUGAGACUUCUCUUCUUUCCUUGCCUGUUGGAUUGUACAUUAGGGGGUUCCCGUGGUCGCAUGCGAUGCAAUUCUAUAGGGUGAUACAAGUUUCAGGUGCUCCUGCAGUCGACCAAACCAUAAGAUGGACUUUAUCUAAAAAAAAAAAAGGGGGUUACAUAAAAUACACUAUUAUAUAUAUAAUAUGUGCACUCCCCUACUCCUGUAAUAUGUAAUUUCCUAUACUCAGGUUGUGUGGAUUGAUUGCCAUUGCUUGAUUUGUUUGAUUAUGUAGAUUCAUGCCAUCAUUUUUCUAUAAUUCACACAGCAACUUGAGAGCUGUGUGUUGUUGUUGACAGCUUUGAAUUCUUGUAAUGAGGGAAUAGGUUGGUUGUAUGCA